ACCAUGUGACGAGAGAGUGAUGUUCGCGCUCGUGGCCAAGGUGCAAUGUGAGGCAAUUUCUAGGCAUUUCGACAUCGGAAGAGAUAUAUUAUCGCGCGUGCUGAUGCACCUGUGUGUAUUGUGAGGAUAUUUGUGUGUGAAGUGAGAAGGACGCCGCCAUGGAUAUACAAGGGCUGAGACACCUUCAGGCGCUAAGGAGCUUCAUCGGGAACUUGGUGGACCAGGCGGAGCGCUCCGUCGGCUGCGACUGCCACAAGCCCCCGUCGCUGCUGCUCGUCGGGCCUCCGGGCGCCGGCAAGACGUACCUGGUGAAGCAGAUGAGCAACGUGUGCGAGAUGCCGCUGUACGGCGUGCACACCCACCAGGUGCGGGGGGCGGCGCAGACGAGGAAGCUGUUCGAGCAGGCGCGGGACAACUACCCGUCGCUGGUGUUCAUGGACGACGUGGACGCCAUCUUCGCCAACCACGACGAGGAGCCGCCCUGCACGACCUACGUGCAGGCCAUCCGCGACGAGCUGUUCGCGCAGCUGGGGCCUCGCAAGCUCAAGAUCGUGGACCCGAAGUCGUCGAAGAACCCGACGGGCAGCGCGCUCCCCUCGCCCUCCUGCUCGUCCUCGGGCCGCGGGGUCAACGGCGUCGGCGGCAGCAGCAGGGCCUCCAGCAGGGCGUCGACCAUGUCCCGGCCGCGCCCCUCGGCUCCGCCCGACGACGAGGAGGACGUGUACCCCGAGGACGAGGACUCGCCUUACCCCGACAACAACGGCAUCAUCGUCGUCGCGGCCACGAGCACCCCCUGGCUGCUCUACAAGGACCACGAACUGCUCAGCCGAUUUCGCGGCGUGUACCUUGUGGGUCUCCCGGACAAGCAGGCGAGAUACAACCUCCUGACGACGCUGUUCCAGGACGUCCACCACAGUCUCAGCGACAAGGACAUCAUGACGGUCGCAGAGAAGACGGAAGGGUUCACCCCCGCAGAUCUCAUGGUAGUGGUCAAGACCCUGACGUACCGCCAGUUCUCGUACCUCCUGUCCAUGACCUCCCCCCACGUCGGGUCCGUCGACGGGAGCUCCAGCGAACUCGGCUCCUCGGGCUCCAGAACGCCGCUGUCGUCGGAGAUGUCGGAGUCUGGCUCCGAGUCGGACCUCGACGGCCUUCCUGAGUCGGAGAGCCACAUGAAGCGCGGCGUGGUGUCGGUGGCCGCCGUGGCCGCAGCCGUCGCAGCCGCCAGCGGGGCCGUGCCCAAGAAGGACCUGAAGCCAGCGGCGGCGCCCAGUAAGAAGGUGCCUGCGACGCCGCCCCCCUGCGUCACGUCCCUCUGCAAGGACUGGGACUCCGACGAGGACGAGCACACGGAGGGCCCCCACGACUCGCCCGAGAGCCAGCGGGACGAGAAGAAAAUCGCCUCAGACGACCCCCAGGCGCCGACGAGGGUCCUGGAGGAGUCGCUGCUGGUGCGGAAGGGCAGCAGCUCGGCGUCCCCGGGCAGCAAGCAGGGCGACGAGGGCUGCGUGCCGUCCCCGGACUCUGCGAUCGGCAUGUCCAAGAGCAACGAGGAGGUGGCCGCCCCGGCGAGACUGGAGGAGCAGGACGACGCGCCCGCCCGACGGACGCCCUCGGAGAGCAGUAGUAGUGGAGUGACCUCUUCAGGCUGUGAUAGUAGUGAUAGCAGUGCAAUAGUUGACGAGGGAGUCGGGGAAGCCGGCGACCACGCCCCUCCUGCCAAAAGUGACAGUGAACCGAAGGUAGAGGAGGACGCGGGCGCCCUCGGAGGCUCAAGGGAGGGGCGGGAAGGCGGGGAGGAAACGGCUGAAAAGGACAGCUUAGUGGUAGAGGAAGAGGGGGACGCGGAACCCAGAAGUGAAGGUGCUCACUGUGAUAAUGAGAAGGAAGACGAUAGUAACACGACAGAAAACUCUGGAAACUGUGACAAUGACGAGGGGCGGGUCGGAACCCCCGCCGAGUUCGAAUUGCAUUACAGUGAACCUCCAGAGCCCAUGCGGGAUGACAACUGUGCCAUUGACAGUGACAGUGACAAUGACGUAGUGGAGACCCCUCGCUCAAGGGGCGGUCGCCGCGUGGCGUUUUCGGGCAUGUCUCCCAUGGAGCCUCUGUCCGUGGACGUCGGCGACAACUGCGGGCCGCCCAACAUUUCCUUAGACGACAUUCCACCGAACAUCUCGCUGGCGCCGUCCAACCUGCCGGAGCCCAUGCUGGCGGACGACCGUCGCCAGGAGUCGGCGCCGAACGCCAUCCUGCUGAGCCUGCUGUCCCGCCCCGCCGGCUCCGCCCGCAGCGAGCGCCGCGACCGCCACCUGGACGAGCCCUCGGAGCUGGCCUCCCUUCUGCAUCCAGACCACGACCUUGACGUCAACAAGACCUCGACGCCCAUCGAGCCGAUGGGGCCCCUCACGCCGACACCCAACCUGUCUCCAACCCCGACCCCGACACCCAGCGAAGGCUCCAGUCAUAAUGGCACCGUUGGAAGCUCAGGGAGUGGCACUCACGCCUCGGGCAGAUCCACAAGCAGUGAGGUACGCAAGAAAGAUGAUAGCGACUCAUCCUUCGACCACAGUGAUACCCACACCGUCCCCUCUUCAGACAUCUCCACUGCCACGUGUAAUGAAACAGGAGAGACCAUGGAAUGCAGAACAGAUUCUGAAGAAAGGUUACAAGGGCUUGAGGACGGACACAAUCGAGCAGACAGCGACCGUGGCAGUGAGUACGACACCCCCACAGAGGCCAAGGCUGUGGGGGGAGGAGGAGGUGGGGGUCUCAACUCUCUCCUCAGCAAUUUUGGGGAGAUCAGCAUUCAGUUGAUCAGCCUGGCCGAUGUUCUUGAGGUGGUCGCCAAGGGCUACAGAAGUGUCUCAGACGAAGAGAUCAAGCGCUACACAGACUUCAUGGUUUGGUUCUCGAAUGUCGCCAAGUCCGCUUGUCCUCAUUCUAAAGACGGUUCCCACAAGGCCAACGCCCCUCCCCUUGAUGACAUCAGCGUGGACUCGACCAUAUAUGACACACCGAGCAUUGCCAAGAAGCGGAAAGGACCCCUUCGCAAGUUGGGCCGAUUCCUCCUCAAAGCCUUGAUGUUCAUCCUUGACUGAGGGGGACGUCCUCUAUGCAAAAUGAUGGUAUUUUUCUGCGCUCAGGAUUCAAAUAAGACCUUUUUUUUUAUUACAUGUAUACAUAUCCUAGUCUUUUGUUAGACUUUUUUUUAUUUUUUGAUUGGAAUUACAUUUUAUUGAGGACCAAAUUUUUUUUUUAUUUUUUUUAUUCAGUGAGAAAGUAAUUUGACUAGCAUUACAAUCACUUUCCUCAAAAAGUGCAUUUACACUAAUCUGGUCAAUGGGAAGGUAUGUAACUUUCUUCCACACUUGGUAAUAAGGUAAAUAAAUACAGGAGCAACGUGUUUGAUGGUCAGACAAAAUCAACAAAACCAUGUGUUGUUAUUAUUAUUUUUUAAAUUCAUAUUUAUUCUAGUUUUUUCCCUAUGGUGGAGGCCAUAAUUGCAGUCAGGCAUGAAGAAGCCACGAAAUAAAUUCCUUCUUUUAAGUGGAGAGAGGAAUAAGGGCUUCGGUCUUCAUGUGUACUGUGUGUAUAUGUAUAUAUGUGUGUGUGGGUGUGUAUUUAUAUAUAUACAUAGACACACAUAUAUGCAUACAUACAUACACAAGAUUUUGUCACAAAAUGCAGAGGAGUUGGAUGAUGGUUGUAGAUCUUAUGAAAUGCCUCCAGGAUUGUAGAUGGAGACAGUGUGAGACAAUCAAAUAUUGCAAUUUUGACGUCAUAAGGAGAAGGAAUAGUUACUUUCUCUUCAGUCUUAUCUUAUGAGUAGGAGAAUCCCAAUAGUUUAAUGGUCGACUGCUCUACACGCUGAACACAGAAAAUGACAUGGCUCGGGUUCCUCACGUCUUUCCCAGCGAGUGAGAAAACUAGGUAGUGGAUGUCAGUUAAUGAUACAAGUAGCUGCAUCUCAGAUUUUUGAAAAACAUGGUCACAAUACAGCGGCAUUUUUUUUUUUUUUUUUUUUUUUUUCUUUCCCCCCUUUCUUUUUAUCUUCCCCCCCCCCCCCCUACAGUAAGUGGUUUGGGUAGUCGAGCCAAUAUAGUGUAUAUAAUUGAUAGGUCAUGUGAAUAGCCUAAGUUACGAGAUAAAAGUUGAUUAGGUGAAUAUAUUUAAAAUAUAUAAAAAAGCAAACAUUGGGAUCUUGCUUGCUUCUGCUUGUUGAUAGCAGUCAACCAGGGUUAUUUUUUCCCCUUCAUUGUGACAGUCUGCUUUUACAUAUAUUUUUCUAUUGUAAUUUUGUACUGCAGAUUAAAAAAGAUUAUUCCAAACGACAUGCAAUACUGCAUAUUUCAAGCAUUCAGAAACCCAGACAUUCCCAGUGGAAUCAAUAUUAUUAUAUAAUAUAAAUCACAUUUAUCUAUAUCACUUACAGUUCUGUUGUAAUUUAGUGGACUAGUAAGGCAGUUAGAAAUUGAGCAUUCAUUGUUAUUCAGGUUUAGCUAAUGCAACAAGGCGAUGACAUACACAUAUUACUAUUAUAACAAUUACGGUAUUUUUAUAUGGAAUGACUUGUCUAUCAUCACUUUGAUCUUUAGUUAUUACGUCAGUUGUAGGUGUGUGUUAGUAAGAUGUAUUCCGUAAUUUUAUUUUUUUUUUUCUUUUACAGCAAAGUGAUGGUUUAGUAAACAUUUGUAUCCAUGUUCUAGGAAAAGAGGGAAUACUUCUCAUUGUUAUUUAUUUUUAUAAUUUUAUAAAAGUGAAUUUGGUAUUUUCAUCAUGCAAUUACAGGCUUUAAAAUUAUGUGUGGGACUUUGCUAUAAAGUCCUGUUCUCGUUAUAGAAAAGCUACUUAACAAAAUUACUAAAUAUCUGUUCCAUGGUAUGUAAAAAAAAAUAGAAUAAAAACAAUAUGUCACAAAAGGAGGGUUGCACGUUGUUGAUUUAUUUCCCAUUUUUAUAUGAUGAAUUCCAAGAAAAAAGGACAAAAAGAGUUAAGACUUCUUUCUAAAAGUUCCUACUAGUGUCACAAAUACAAAAGAGAAAUUGGAGGUUAAUAUCUCCCAAAUGAAAUUUCACUGGGUUGAAUAUACCUUUUCAGAUCUUGUUUUUAAAAAGAACUAGCUCAAUUAUACUACCUUUUUUACAUUAAAUUAUAGGAUGCUUCUUGCAUAUUUUUCUUUUUUUUUUCUUAAACCUUUCUUCCCUCCCUUUCUCUACACAAAGGGUUUUCAUAGAGAGCGUUCUUGUGCUGCAUUAAAAGAAGUCGCUGGAGACGUUGUUUGAUUAUAGCUGAACAAGUCUACUGGAAUAUUUUUCAUAAUGGUUUCCCUUCGUAAGAAUGGAAUUGUUUAGUUUAUUAGAAAUGGUAAAAUAUACAGAUGCAUUAUGAAA